AAUUAUUUUUACAAUCUCGAAUAAAGGUUAGGCAUUGCCAUGUGACUGUAAUGAUGAAAUUAUUACUAUUAUUUUGCAUUCUGUUGUAUCAGUUCGCAAAUAUUUAUUGCAGCGAUCUUCAACUGUAUUCUAACGUGAAUGACUGUGCUUGGAAUCAGUACUUUAACUCACGUUUACUGAAAUGUUUACAGUGCGAUUCCUCUAAAAACUUACAGCCAACUGAUGACAAAUUAUCUUGCACCUGCAACGGCAGAAGCAAGAUGGUUGAGCAGACGACAGACGUCCCACGCUGUGAGCCUUGCCCGAAAGGACAAGUGCCCACGCUGGACAAGCGUGACUGCAUCUCCUGCCGCCACUUCCACCUGCUGACGAACUUGACACUCUGCAAGCCUUGCUCACUUCAGGAAGCGGCAGUGGAGAGACAUGAGAAUGGAUCGGUGAGAGACUACAGGACCUGCGUGGCGUGUGGCCCGGGUUCACGUCCGAGCGAAGACGGAAGGUCGUGCUUGCCGUGUGCUGCCGGGGUGUUCUCGACGCCGGGAAAUAACUGCUCGUGCCCGUCGUACAGCCACGAGACCAUCGACGGCGUGUGCGUCGCACGCACGCUUCUGGCGGACUGGCCGGACAAUAAGUCAACUUACUCGGUGGAGACGCUGUCGGGACGCAAGGUGGAAUCUUCAUUCUUGAGGAAGAAUCUUCGUCUCGCUGUUUAUUCAUGCAAGCUGAGGAACGAGAAGGCGUGCCAGGCCGUGGCCAACAUGUGCGCGAUGGUGCUGUACCGGGACGACCACAAGACCAGCCCCUGCCGGCUGUUCCGGGACGCCCGGCACAUCCCCACCUCCGACGGCGGGCCCUUGCCGUGGCUGUUCUACGGGGAGGGUGAUGCCCCCACUGUUCUUGCCAGGAAGAGGAUUGUCACCAGAUACAGUCUCAAUUAUCAAUCGCAGAGCCGCCGGCUGAACCUGACGGUGGCCAGCUACGACCCCGACGGGCGGUUUGCGGGACUGCGUGCGCUGCGCGGUGGGCCCCUGCAGCUGUGCCCCGGCUCGUGGCUCGCGGGGGGUGAGGGGGCCCUGCGGUUCGGGGUGCCCUCCCGGCGCUCCUGCACGCUGCCCGCCUCCCGACUGCUGGCCGCCGGCGACGCCCGUCUCCACGACCUCUACCUGCAGUACUGGGACGGCACGGACUCCUUCCUGCACGCCCUCCCCGUGCUCCCGCUGGACCUGGUCAGCCAGGGGAGGCACGUCAACAGGGCGUCGGACCAAUCACAGUGGCAGUUGGUGCGGAGGUUCUUCUUGGUGGACGCUCUCCUUGCAGCGAAGCCAGACGACAGUUCCCCGGCUCUCGUCAGAUACGUCAAGAACAUGCAGCUCAGGGUGCGUGUGCGCGGCAGUGACGGGGAGGGGAGGAUCUACCCUCCGCUGGUGGUGGUUGAAUACGGAGAGCUUACCCCCGAGGACUUGCGGGCCAACAGGCCGGUGACCUUGACCUUCUCCACUGACUACCACAUGGACAACAACUUCUUCUAUGCUGUCGAGGUGUCGGUGGGCGUGCUGAGUGCGCUGGCCGUGCUGUGGGCGUGCCUGGAGGCGUGGAGCGCCUCCCGUCGCUCCGGCCACCACACCAUCGACCUGCUGUCACUGGGGCACGUCGCGCUCUUCUCCUGCGGCCACCUGGCCAGUGCGUUCUUCUGCGUGGUGGCGUGCGCGUGCCUGCACGGCUUCAUCUUCUACAAGGGCCAGAGCAGCGCGCACCUGCUCCUGCCCGAUGCCGUUCAGGAGCGGCUCGUCGCCAGCUACGUCGUCUCCGCGUUCGUGCUCAAGGCGGUGGCGGUGGCACACCUGGUGUGGCGCCAGGUGACCGUGGACAUCUUCCUGCUGGACUGGGAGCGGCCGCGGGCCGGGGGCUCGGUGAGCGUGUGGAGGACCUGCUUGGUGGCCAACGAGUGGAACGAGAUCCAGACCAGCCGUCGCGUCAGCCCUGCACUGCAGCUGCUCUGCACCGUGUUCCUGCUCGAGGUUGUCGGACUGAAGUUCUGGGCUACUCCCGACCCUGAGCUUCACUUGUCUCCUCCCGCACAUGUACAGCAGAACAUGCCCACGCUCAGCGUGACGUGCCGAUUCGCUGUCGGCAUCCUGGUGUACCUCUUCGUGUACAUCUUGCAGUGGCUGUUUGCUGUGGGGAUAUACGAACGCUACAUCAAAAAUGAACUCUACAGCUUUGUUGACAUCUGCUCCAUGGCCAAUAUCAGUGUGUUUAUCAUGGCAUGGGAGAACUAUGGGUUCUACAUUCAUGGGAGGUCGCCCCACGGGUUCGCCGACACAGACCUGCAGACCGUGCUGCGGCAGCUGCGACGCGAGGAGGAGGACCUGUGUGGCCACCGGGGGCUGCUGCCCGGGUCCGACCACCAGACCUUCGAGAUGGCCCUGCCCGCUCGACUGCGGCAGCUCUACUCCCAGGCCGUGUCUCCCCUCACGCAGAUGAGUCAGGUUUCCAAGCGACUGUCGUUGACUGCGGCCGGUGGGCAGAGGGCACGGAUGGCUAGCAGUGACCUCGACAUUGCUGUCCAGACGUACCGCAGCGUGAACAAGUUCCUCACUGCGUACCUGGAACACGCACUGAAGGAUAUUGACUACGAGGUGACGGAGAAGACGUUUAUGGAAUCACUUAUGGACAUUGAAUUCACAGAAAAUGCUGGGAAAGGCAUGUUCUACAUUGACAAUGGUCAUUCUUUUGGUAAAGUGAUAUUUUAUGGUAACGAGUUCACGCUGGCGACAUUUGAGCUCAUACUAUUCUCUUUCGUGGACAUCAUGUUUCAGAACUUUUUGCUAGCAGCAAUUGUUGUUGCUGUGGUUGGGAAGACUGUGGCUCUGGUGAGGAAAGUCUGUGGAAAGAAGAACUUGGCGAAGAAGACAUUGAUAGAUGAGAGGUUUCUCGUUUAGUCAUGCUCAGCUCUUAGGAAAAUGUGCAAGUACAAAAGACAGAAUAUUCAGUAGCGAAAUGUGCUUCCCCUGAUAUAUACCAUCCUUAUGAAUAUUACAGAUAUAUGCUGUAAUAUUUAAGCUAUAAGACUGUUAUUGUGUAAUCUGAAACAAACAAAGUUAGUGAUGUAUGUGACACAGUUGCCGACCCUCAGAAGAAAAAUAUUUCUAUGUUUUUGUAAAGUUUGUAGCUUGUGCUUGUGUGAAAUAGUUUUAUGUAAAAGGAAUUUAAAAAAUAUUGACGAUGAAGAAUAUAAUACUGGAACAUGUUGUACAUGACUAAUAUAAAACCAGGUGAGUCACAGAUGUUUUACAUAAUUGUAUGAUGUAUGUGCAGUUUUGGUCAGCCUGUCACACGCACUCAGCCCAAUGGCUAACUUUUAUCAGACCACAUGAUUUAUCCUUUCUACAGUUUCAGUUUGGAAUUAUUAGCCAAAUUAUUAGGAUGAAAUUAUAUAAAUUAUAUUUUCCUAGCUUUUUUUUAAAUAUUUUUAUAGUCGGGUUCAAAUUAACACUCUCCAGCAGCAACCACUGAGAAGAAAUAACUAUUUCUCAUUGACUAAUGCACGUGUAAUAGUUUUGCUAGACUACAAAUGUGGACUUCAACCAGUGUUCAACACUAGGUUUGUGGUUUGGUGAGCCUAAAAAAAACAUUAUUUGUACUGAAAGCUGUGGCCAGCAUUUAAAAAUAAAAGAUGUGGAUUUGUUAUCACGAGAGAAUGAACAGCUCUGGGGAAGAAACAAAAAAAAAAUUCUUGCCAAGUAUUCCUCGUUGUGAGCUGACCAUUCUCUGGUCUGCGACUUGAUCAGAGCUCAAAUAAACUGGAAGAACUUUCUUAGAAGCAAAAUGGGUGUGAUGAAUUGCACAUGAGAAACAAGAAAACACUAGGACAAGCGCCGACUGAAACCACAGGGUUGAGAUAGCCUGGCCGUGUGAGGUGAGCAGGGAAGCAGCAAGAACGGACCAAGAUUUAAAGAAGGGAGGGGGAAGGUGUAGACACUUAAGGGGAAAUGGAGGUGAUCUUUGUUUGAAUAAACAAAAUUUUGAAGGUAAUAUGUCCUUAAUCUAUUUAUAUAAAAUCUAGUCAAACUUGUGAGUGAUAAUAUAGUAAAUAUUAUUAAACUUUCACACUUAGACAAAUGCCUUAUAAAAA